UGCUCAACUCAAUGCACCCGCACUCAACAGAGUUCUGGGAGUGAAUCACAUCCCGAAAGACACUUCCACGGAAAGUUGAGCGAAAUGCUGAGCAAGUCAAGCAACGACUGUUCGUUCCUUCACACUGAGGAAUGACACGUUGGAGGAAGCGCCUUUAUAACCUGAAAAACUGCAACCGGACGGAUUUACAGCGCAAAGAGAUGUAUGUUUAAUACAGUCUGUUUCCUGGACAUUGAACAUUGAAGCGAACGCGAGCAAACAAAGAUUCCUGAAGAUUGAUGCGCUUUUAUAAAGCCGUGCACUAUUAUGGGCUGUAACAAGGUGUGCGUGGCGGUGGGAGGCGCUGUUGUCGUCAUCACGCUCAUCGUUAUUCCCACGGCAAUUUACGUCAACAGAGCAGAUUCGGUAUUAAAGAGAACGUAUUCUUUUGACGAUUUUUACAAUGAUACUAUCAGGUAUAAAACAUACAAUCUCCGCUGGAUAUCAGACACAGAAUACCUCCAUAAAACAAGUGAGGGCCACGUUUACCUGCACAACGUUAAAAAUAUGAAGAAUUCAAUAUUCUUAAGCAACACAACUUUUGCUCAAGUGGAUGCCACAGAUUACUUUGUGUCUGAAGACAGGCAGUUUGUCAUCUUCGUGAGCAACUACUCAAAGCAAUGGAGACAUUCUUUCAACGCAUCUUAUCAUAUGUACAGCAUGGGGACUCAGGAAUUUAUCUCCGAGGGUCAAAUUCCACACCUCACACAACUCUUAGUUUGGGCACCAAAAGGAAAUAAAAUGGCUUAUGUCUGGAAUUUUAACAUUUACCUCAAAAUCAACGCCACCGCUGAACCAGUGCAAGUCACCAAAAAUGGAAAAGUAAAUGAGAUUCUCAAUGGAAUACCAGACUGGGUUUAUGAGGAGGAAAUUUUCGGCUCAAAUGAAGGCAUUUUGUGGUCUCCAGAAGGGAAAUAUCUGGCGUAUAUACAAAUAAAUGACACUGGAGUUCACAACAUUGAAUACUCAAUGUAUGGAGAUGAGCAAUACCCCACCAGAGUGUUGAUCCCCUACCCAAAAGCAGGCAGCGUUAUUCCCAGAGCAAAGCUGUUUGUGGUCGAUGCUGAAAAUCCAUCCAAACGCUCAGAAGUCGUGGUCCCGAAACCCAUCGGAGUGGGAGAUCACUACCUGAGCUCAGUCACGUGGGUGACAGACACACGUCUGGCCGUUCAAUGGGUGCCUCGCAGACAAGACCGGGUCCUCCUGCAGAUUUACGACUAUGAUGGCACCAGCUGGAAAGAAGUCUCGAAAUUUGAGCAGAAGAGCAGAACUGGCUGGAUUGGUCGGUAUUACCCUUUACCUCCACAAUUUGCCAAAGAUAACACAAGUUUUUACAAGGUGAUGAGUGAUGACAGAGGUUACAAACAUCUCCACUACGUCAAUGGAGGUAAAGCAGAAGCCAUUACCUCAGGCAAAUGGGAAGUGAUAUACAUCUCUGUAGUAACCAAAGAUGCUAUAUACUAUGUGAGUAAUGAAUACAUGGGAAGACCUGGACAGAGGAACCUUUACAAGAUUUCUAUCACCACAGAUGGUCAUUCUUCUCCUGAGUGCAUCACCUGCUCUCUGCAUCCGGACAGAUGUCAAUAUAACUCGGCUUACUUCAGCACUAACGCCUCAUACUUCCGCAUGGACUGUUACGGCCCUGGACUUCCACUAUUUAUACUGAUGGAGAACAAAGGUCCUGUUAAAGAGGUUCAGGUCCUGGAGGACAAUAAGAAAUUGGAAAGCAUUCUGACCACUGAACUUCUCAUGCCCACUAUCAAACGCUCUACGAUGAAGAUCGCCGGAUACAAUCUGUGGUAUCAGAUGAUGUUACCUCCAGAUUUUGACUCCUCCAAAAAAUAUCCUCUUUUAAUUGAUGUGUACGGGGGUCCGGGCAGCCAGAACACGGACUAUGUUUUCAGACUGGAGUGGGCCACGUACUUAUGCAGCACAGAGAAGGUGGUCGUGGCUAGCUUUGACGGCAGGGGAAGCGGUUACCAGGGUGAUGAGAUAAUGCACGCCAUCUAUAAGCGACUGGGCACGUAUGAGGUGGAAGAUCAGAUCUCGGCCGUGAGAAAAUUCAUCGAAAUGGGUUUUAUUGACCAAGAUAAAAUUGGAAUAUGGGGUUGGUCAUAUGGUGGAUAUGUGACGUCUAUGGUUCUGGGUUCAGGGAGCGGCCUGUUCAAAUGUGGAAUUGCUGUGGCUCCUGUUGCUAAGUGGGAGUAUUAUGAUGCUGUUUAUACAGAGAGGUACAUGCACCGGCCUGAAGAAAACUCAGACGGCUAUAAAAACUCCACAGUGACCAGCAGGGCACAAAACUUCAACUCAGAUCAAUACUUACUGGUACACGGAACUGCAGAUGAUAAUGUUCACUUCCAGCAGGCCGCCCAAAUUUCUAAAGCCCUGGUGGAAAGUCAAAUUGUUUUUCAAGCGAUGUGGUACACCGACAAGGAUCACAGUCUGUCUGGUAGAGCACGUUACCACCUGUACUCACACUUAAAUAAAUUUCUGGAUAAUUGCUUGCUUAAGAAAAAUGGAGUAUGAAGACACAAAGACUGUUGAAGAUUCUCUUCAUGUUAGUGUGUAGUGUAACAUGUCGAAGGGAUAAGAGAAAGUGUAAAAAAAUUUACAUGACAUUGACAUUCAUUAUUACUUUGUGUAAAAUUUCUACUAUUAAAUUGCUGUGAUUGUACCAUGAAUGCGACCUGAUAUGAACGUUGGCAUGUUUCUAUAAUAUUUUUAUAUUUCUGUUUUGUGCUGUUGUGUUUAUGCACUGAAUUUAAUGUGUGAUUUGAGCAUGUGGUAUGUAAGAACAUUUCUUGGUUUGGAGACCUUUUACUCAAUGUUUUGUAUUUCAUUCAAGUGAUAAAAAAUUAAGAAAAAUGUCUGUGUCUUAAAUAAUAAUUUGAGGUCUUUUAUGGCAUUUUAUAUUUUAUGUGUGUAUUUUUGUAUAUGCAAUUAAAAGACUAUCAUAUUUUAUUGCUUUUAGGAACAGUGCCAUCUGGUGGUUAAGCUAUUGAACUUGCUGGUUUAAAAGUCAGAUAGCUUUAGUACAUAAAUAAGGUUUGAUAUCUAUACUCUAAUUCCAUGUAAAUUUAAGCACAUAACACAUUUAAAAUAGUCUUUUUCCUCUGGGAAAAUGGGCCAAAAUAUUAUCUCUCGCUCAGAGGUGUAUAACUAAAAGUCU